AUGCCGUCAGAAGUCGUAGCGACAACACCACUGAAGUUACCGAUAUCAUCAAUAGAAUCAAGAUCGAUGACAUCGGCAACACAAUCAACGUCGAUGAUAUCGACAACACAAUCAACAUCGAUGACAUCGACAACACAAUCAACAUCGAUGACAUCGACAAUACAAUCAACGUCGAUGAUAUCGACAGCACAAUCAACAUCGAUGACAUCGACAAUACAAUCAACAUCAACAGGAUCAACAACAACAACAGAAACAGCAUCAAUGAUAUCAAGCAUUCAUAUUGCACAUUUUAUCCAAUAG